GUGAACCACCGGACGGGAUCUGGUUAUCAGACGAGUGGCAAAGGUCGCGGCGGAAAGGGCCACAGCAAGAGCAGACAGGAGGGCUGGCGGCAGCCCAGUGCGCCUUCCGCCGGGGAACGCCGGAACCGUUGGAACCAGCCCCGGCACGCGUGAGUCGGCCAUUGACGACGGUUCCUGGCAACAGCCUUGCUCUUGGCAUCGCAGGUCGGUCGAAGGGAGCUUUCGGCAUGGUUUCAAGCUCGCCCAAGAAG